AUGGUCAAGGCUGACAAUUGUAAUCAGACUGCAUCGGUUCAAUCUCUCAUCACAGAGACACUCAAGUUCUUUAAACAAACUAUUUUGGAUAGGAUCAACAUCAUCCAUCAAAGUGAUGUACUUUGGGUCAUCACAGUACCAACUAUCUGGGAUGAUGCUGCAAAGCAAAUCAUACGUCAAUGUGCUAUCGCUGCUGGUUUAUGUACUAUUGCUGAUGAUAAAGAAUCAAUAUUACUUUCCUAUGAAGCAGAGUGCGGAGCAUUGGAUUGUAUUUUUGAAAAGAGAAACUCUUAUCGUAUUAGUGAAGGUCAAACUGUUCUUGUUUUUGAUAUUGGUGGAGCCACUGCUGACUUUACAGUUGGUGCCACAGAAAUAUUGGUCUCUGCUGUUCAAACUAAAACCCAAAUAACGUCUGAGUUGAUAAAUUUACAAAUUAAUAAAACUAUAGAACCUUAUAAAUUUAAGAUUAAAUUAAUUAAUUACAAUGAUACGAUGGAUAUAUUCCUAUUUCUGAAGAUGUUUUAUACACUUUCAAACUAUGCUCCAAUGGUUGGUACUCGACUACCAGUGUUGGUGACCAUCAAUAUCGUUAGAUAUGCAUGGGAGAUGGAUACAAUGAAUGGUAGAUACAGCGAGGAAAAUAGAAUCUUAAUUACAAUCUCAAAACUACUGUUUGAAACUGUUAAUCAACUAUGCGUAUACCCUGUAACACGAUCUCACACGUCUCGAGCAGGCCUAUCAAACCACAAAGCUACUGGACAACGAUUCAUGAAGAAUGAUUCGUUUUUGAAAGCCAAAGCAGUCUAUUCCUGUACACCUAAAAGUAUAAAACGUACCAUUAUAUAUUUAAAUUUUCCAAAAAGAAUGGUGAUUGCAGGGCUCGGGUGUAGGAAAUCCCCAGAGAGAGCCCUAACGCAGGCUCGCUCACAGGAAUUUCCCAGGGUAUACGCAUAG